AAAAUAAAUACUUAGUUCAUUAUACUAUAGUAUAUUAAUAUAUAGUAAUAAAUAGCAUAGUACAUGUUUCAAUUAGAUUAUUUUAUCAUUUGUAAUUAUUUUCAUACUCGUAACUGACGCAGUCAUGUUGAUAAAAAUAUUUGCUCUUUGUUUGGGUAUAUCCCUAUCGGCGUGUCGUCAAGUCCCGUUUUAUAGAAAAGAUUACACGUAUAUCGCAGAGUUUGAUGCAUUUUACAAACUGCAUUAUGACAUCACUGGUUUAGCCUGGGACACUGCAUUCUUCGCAUGCGAAAAAGAAGGCUCACAGCUUUUCUAUCCCAAGGCACCAGAAGAAUGGAAGAUCGUAAAUAAACUAAUUGAAUCAAAAGGCCUUACCAACGAAAAUGUUACAGAUAUAUUCGUGGGUAUAAGGAAUGAGGGAAUCGAUGAGUUCAUUACUAUUGAUGGUGUUUCCACACCGACGCCCUUGUUUAACGAGGAUAAUCUGAAAGGCAGUAACUUAUGCACUGCCAUGGAUAUAGCAAAUGGAUCACUCAACGUUGAUCUAUGUAGCGACGAAUUGCCAAAACCAUACGUUUGCAAAAAAGUCGAGGACAUUUCGUGUCCAACAAUUGACAAAGGGUACAAUUACGUUAAGGAAACUAAAAAAUGUUAUAAAGUAAAUAGAAUGAGCCAAUCCUGGCAUGAGGCCCUGAACACUUGUGUGAUGGAAGGUGGCCUUUUAGCCAACAUCGAAAGUCAAAUGGAAGCACUACUCUUAUCGAAUCUAAUCGAUAGUGACUCAGUAAAUCAUGUCGGGUAUAGAAAAAUACCUCCCAGUGAUGAAUUUUAUAACUUAAAAGGUCGUAAUAUCAAAGAUGCCUAUCACAAAUAUUACAAUUCUAAUAGCAAAGUUGAAAAUUCAUUUUGCGGUACAAUUUGGAAGUAUGGAGAUACACUAUAUCUAAACAACGUUUUGUGUAAUGAGGUUAGACCAUUUAUAUGUGAAAUGGACGUCGUUUAAUUCAUUUAAAUUCAAAGCUACAAAAACUUGAGAUUUGUAAAAAAAAAAAAUAUUGGAAAUAUGAAAUUAAAAUUACCUUACACAGUUCAAAAAAAAAAUUUUAUUU